GGAGAUGCCACCUAGUUUUGAGCUCCGUCUGUUUAGGUUUUUGCAAUGACCAUUAGGAUUGCAAAGCGAAAUAUGUUUUUCAUACACGCCCCCGAGGAGGAGAAGUGCACGGAGGCGCAGCUGGACAUCCUGAUGAAGAUCAACUCCGGGGAGUAUCGGCUAGUGAAGAAGAACAAGCGCAGCUCCGUGUGGAACGUCUACCGGGAAAUCGCUCGUCCGGACGGUACCAAGCUGAAAUGGCGAUACUUUUGCAUGGGCUGCAAGCGAGUGAUGCAGAGCACCGGGGGCACCACCUCCAAUCUGCGCAUCCACAAGUGCCACGUGCGGUAUAUCAAGCAGCACGCCCAUCUCACCGACGGAAGUCACUCCUACAACCAUGCUCCCGCGACUCCAGCUAGCCAACAGUCGCCACGCGAUCAGAAACCGAAGAUCAAGCGAGAGCCAUCCUAUGCCACCAAGUGUGAACAACAGAAGAUCAAGCGAGAGCCAUCCUAUGCCACCAAGUGUGAACAGUUCUAUGAGGUCACCAUGGAUCCACUGACGCAGUAUAGCGACCUAGAGGAUGACAUAGAGGCUUCUUUGGAAGAGGAGCACACUGUGAAAUCCGAGCGUGAACUGAAGUCCUCCAAUUCCAGACCACUGCUAAAGCUCUUUUUCGAAGAUAACUUUUCGGUUGAGCCAGUGGAGCUGGAAGAAGAGGCUGAGUCUGCGGAGACGGAGACGGAAGACCAGAUGCCCAUCGAGCUGGACCUAACUGAAGUCCAGCAUAUUGCCUCGGACGUUAGCCAUGAGGCAAUCGAGUCGAAGUCAGCGGAAAGUGGCGUCCACUUCGAUGGCAGUGCCAUUUCCGAAGCGGAAUCCUAUGCCAAAGCCUGGGCUCACGCCUUCCUGCGGCUGAACGAGGACCAAAAGUUCUACGCCAAGCGCUCCAUUGAUGAGCUACUAGUAUUGGGCCGUCUGGAGAGACUGAGCAUUUCCACAGUCACAUCCUUGACCACAAACCUGUAGCACCUCACCAUGCCAAUACCGUAUAAAUUAGCCUAAGAAUUAAUUUAUAUUGCAGACUAAAUUACUUGCUCAUUUAACGAAGAUUUCGUUUACAAAAACCACAAAAAAUGGUAAAUUAUGAUUAUUACUAUCUCAAACCCUUUUUAGAAUACAUAAAUCUA